AUGAGUGCUAACAAUGGUGUCACUGGCAAACUCUCUAGUAGAGUCAUGAAUAUGAAGUUUAUGAAAUUUGGUAAGACGGAUGACGAAGAGAGUUCCAACUCCAAUACGCCGUCUAAUAUCAACUCAGAUGUGGAACCUAUAGAGCAGAAAGGUAAACUCUUUGGUCUGGAUGACUCAGCGUGGGACCUCAAUAGCUACAAAGAUGAUUUAAAAAAAAUUUCAGGUAAGGAGAAGAAAAAGGUGAAAAGAGUAGUAUAUAAGAAGCGACCCAAUCUCAUAAUCUCCAACGUUGGUUACAGUGAACUGCGAAAACCUGAGGGUGUGAUAAGUGGGAGAAAAACCUUUGGCGAUAAUUCUGAUGAUAGUGGUUCCAGGAAGAGAAAGUUUGAUGAAGGCGAACAAAAUGAAGACGAGAAAAGGGAUGCUAAGGAUAAGGAAUUUACAGGGAGCCAAGACGAUGGAGAGGAUGAAUAUGACCUAGAUAAAUUAUUUAAGGAUAGCAUCAAAAAGAAAAAGACCAACCAUAAUGGUAAAAAUAAAAAUAGAAAUUCAAAAAAGUAG